AUGAAAUUGCCCCGAAGAUUACAGGAUAUUUCAUAUAAAGGAACGGUAUUUUCCUAUUCAAGCAAAAACCAGAUCCGUCCGUUUCGGGACUCAUUUAUGGAGUCGGACUCAACACAACAGCUGGAAGACUCGUUUACCCAAUUGCUUACCGAAACUAUUGUCGAUCGGUUCCGAUCUAAGAUGAAAAGCGGCAUACCAUCGAUGGCCAUACCGCCACUGGAUCCGCUGCGUUUGGAUCGUAUCAAUUUGGAGCCUACCAUAGGUGGCGAUCCAUUUAACAUUGUACUCAGCGAUCUGCAGAUAACUGGCAUAUCUGACUUUCAGCUCAGGGAGCUCAAACCGAAAUUGAAUGCCCUCAAGUUUCGUGUAGCAUUGAUGAUGCCAAAACUGACCGCCAAUUGCCAAUACUCGGCCAACGGUACCGUCUAUCAAGUAUUCGAUGUACGCGGUGAAGGCUACGGUCAACUGGAGUAUACGGACGUAUUGUUGAGGACACAGGUUAACCUAGCACUGGAUAACGGUACGUUUCGGGUGACUACUGCCGAUCCGCCGCUGGUUGACUUUCAUCGGGUUAAGGUCAAUCUGAAACGUCUGGACGGUCAGCCAGUUCCGGCCGACCAAUCGGUUAGCGAGGCUACUGGCGCUCAUGUAGCCCACGAAUUGGGUCCACUAUUGUUUUGGAUGCUGGCCGAUCAUGUUGUCGAAGAAAUUGACUACUAUGUGGCCAAGUAUAUCAACAAUGCACUCAUACCGUUCAAAGUGCCCGAAACAUUCAAGCCAGUGGUCACAUGGCUGAUGAACCGCAAUUCAAUGGCCACCUCUCGUAUAGCAUCGUUGCCUAAUAUACUGGGCCAAUGGUUUGGUGCCAUCACUGGUAUGAAACCUCAAAUCUCCAUAAGCACCAAAUUAGUUCACUAA